GCGCGGCCGGGGCCGCCGCCGCGGCGGCCGAGCCCUGCGCAGGGUACAACGCCAACGACCUCACGACCGUGGACUCGGAGGAGAUGGAGGAGUACCAGCGGUACGUGGCGGCCCUGCAGCUGCAGUACGCCGCCAUGGGCGCGCUCGGCGCCGAGGCCGCCGCCGCGGCCGCCAGCAGUGACAUGCGCGCCGGGCCCGGCGGGCUGCUGGGCGCACCGGCUCACGGCUGCUCCUCGAGCGCCCGCACAGCGAGCUCCAUCUUGAGCCACGACCCGCACAGGCGAUACACGGGCACGGUGUUCAAGUGGGACGACGACGCUGGCUGGGGCUUCGUGAGCUGCAUAGAGGCCAGGAAAGUGUACGGCAAGGACGUGUUCUUGCACAAGGCAGAGAUCGGCGGCAUAUCGGACCUCUAUAAGCAGAGGACGAAGGUGGAGGUGAAGAACGGGGACUGGGUCUCGUUCCAGGUGGAGAUCAGCAGAGGUAAGCCGAGGGCGCGCGACGUUGAGAAGAUAGAUACGCCCGAGGAGUACACGCGGGGUCAGCAGUCGCUCCUGGAGCGGGAGCAUUCGCUGGGCAGCUCGCUCAGGAGCGACGCCCAGUGGCACUCGAACGACAGGGACCACUGGUGGGGCAAGCGGAAGAGGGAGGAGUGA